UCCCGUGCCGAUGACGCAAUCAGCGCGCGCCGCGGUGCGGGCCGGUGAUCAGCGUGUCCCGCUGCUGCUAAUAAACCGGCCGAUGGUGAAACAUGUCGGUGUUUCAUGAUGAGGUGGAGAUUGAAGACUUUGAGUUCGAUGAGGAAACGGAGGCUUUCUACUUCCCGUGUCCCUGCGGAGACCGUUUCUGCAUCACCAAGGAAGACCUGGAGAACGGAGAGGAGGUGGCCACCUGCCCCAGCUGCUCGCUCAUCGUUAAAGUCAUCUAUGAUAAGGAGCUUUUCAUGGCGGGCGAAACCAUCGAGGCUCCAUCUGAACCCAAACUGCAGCGCGUCCAGUCCUGAACCCGGGUCGCUUCCAUCGGCGGCGCCGACGCCAGGCUUCGCCGUCCCUCCAGCUGCGGCGGUUCUCCUCUCAGAGGAGCAGGAGGAGCAGCAGGAGGAGCAGCUGCAGCACCUGAAGGAGGAACCCAGGAUUAUCCACAACAGAACUUUGAUCUGAGCUUUUAGAGACUGGGAGCCGAUCUUUGGAUCAUUUCACUGCUGUGAUGCUUUUUAGAUAAUAAAUAUCAUUAUUGUUCAUUUUUAACAUUUAUUAGCUUCUUUUUUCCACUUUUAGUUCAGCUAAUAAAUCAGAUUUCUUCAUAUUCAGAAACUUUUUCCCAUCAUUACACAAAAUAACAGCUUUUUAAAGGUUAAUAUCUUUGAGCUUAAGUAAUUCAGGUCAUAAUAAGAGCCUAUAUUUUUAUACUUGUUUGUUAUUUAUUAUGAUGGAACAUAGAAACAUGCUGUGAGUCGAUCCUGACGCCUUCCUAACCGCCUGGAAACAUCGCAGCGCUUUCUUCCACAUGGAUUCAAACUUUAUCUGGAAUAUUUUGACUUUAUUCUACAAACCAGUUAAUUUUUAUUCUGUUAUGAUGGAAAAGAAGAAAAAAAAAAUAAUAAAGUGACCCUAAUUCUGUCCAUUGUGGGAAA